ACGUAGUGCACUUGACCGGAAGAAAUAUCUAUAGUACGAAGUAUUUCUUGUUAGGGGGAAAGAAAAAUGGCGAAUGAGCUCUGAAAUAUUAUUUUGUAAACCGGAACAGAAAAACGAACAAGAAAACAGACUUGGCUGUUUUAUGAGACAUUGAGGAAUCAGUUUUUUUUCGCAUCUUGCAUUUUUUUCCGAUCAGCAGAAAGAUUGAAGCUGCAGAAUGGAGGAAGAACAAACAAACCUCAUCAUAAAUUACCUUCCACAAGCAAUGCAGGACGAAGAGUUUAGGUCCUUGUUUGAGAGCAUUGGACCACUCAAAUCUAGUAAAAUUGUAAGAGAUAAGAAUUCUGGUUAUAGCUAUGGUUUUGGUUUUGUCGAUUAUCAUAAUCCAAAGGAUGCUGCUUCUGCUAUCAGCCAGUUAAAUGGAUAUCGUGUGGAACACAAAGUUCUCAAAGUGGCAUAUUCUCGCAGAAAUGAUGAAAAUACCAAAGGAUCCAAGCUUUACCUUCAGAAAUUGCCUUUACAUUACACAGAAGAGGAAGUACAAAAUUAUUUUUCAUCAUAUGGAGAAAUUGUUCAAGUUCGUGUUGUUACAGAUCAAGCAACGGGCCAGCCCAAAGGAAUAGGCUUCAUUUUGUUCUCCAGAAAAUCUGAGGCGGAGGCAGCCAUAAAUGAUCUGGAUAACAAAGUGCCCCCUGGAGGCACUCAGCCUCUGAGAGUCAAAUUUGCCGAUGAAAAUUCCAAAAAAGUUAAAGCGCCUUCCCAGUACAACUACUAUUCACAGCCUCAGUAUCCAAUGCACGGGAGUUAUAAUGAGGGCAUGAGUGGGUCAAGGGGUCCAAUGAGAAAUCCAGGGAGUCGUUUCAGGUUUAACCCAAUGGGAAGCAGUAGUAGUUAUAGUGGGGGUUAUGGAGGAGGGAGCAGUAGUUAUGGAGCAGAUUACUACACUCCUCCUUCUCAGGGAGCGGGGUACGUCUUGUUUGUUUAUAACAUUGGCCCCGAGGCUGAUGAGAAAACUCUUUGGCGCAUGUUUUCUCCUCUUGGAACAGUUACCAAAGUCAAUGUUAUUAUGGAUCAUCAGAAAAAUCAAUCUAAGGGUUAUGGAUUUGUCACCAUGCCAAAUUAUGAGGAGGCUGAGUAUGCAAUCCUCAACAUGAAUGGCUAUUGUUAUAAUGGGAGGGAAUUGUCUGUGUCAUUUAAAAGCUAAGCUAUUUUCAUCAUGAUCAAAUUUAUCCACAGUCAUUUAUUCAUAGAUCACGCAUUGUCUAGUAUUUGUCAUAAAUUUUGACUCUUGCAGUAUAUAGUCUUAGCCUUUUAGGUGUAAAUCUGUCAGGAGCACAAAUAUAUGUAACAUGAAUUUGUUGAUACAUGGUAUAAUGCAUGUCAGUUCUUUGUUUAGGAAUUAGUUUGGUUUUUGAAAAUUUUGGUUUUGUAUUUUGUAGAUUCUGAUGUCCCAGUCCUCAGAAAAAUGUGAUUUUCUUCCAUUUGACAUAACUUUUAGUAAGCAUACUUUCUGAUGACUGGGAACAGAAUGAAUAUAAUUUCCUUUAUCUCCGUCAAGAAUUGUAAACAGGAGAAUAAGUAUUGAUGUUGAUAGUUGUGGGGUGUUUUUUUUUUUUUUAUGAAAUUGUAUUAUUUUGAUUUACAAUACUGUUGUAAUUAAGGUUGAAGUUUAAAGGUAUCCAACCCAUUUUUGAAUCCAAUCAUAUUUCAUUAAGGAAAUGACAGAUCAAUAAAAUCAUGAAACUUAAAUGUUGAUCCUAAAAGUUUGCAUGGAUGCGAGUGGAAAUAAAUAUUUCUUCAUGAAUAAGAGUGCAAGAUAGAUGAAUUGGAAUGAACACUCACAGUAGAAAGAUGCAACAAUGAAUAAGAUUGUAUGGAGAAAAUCAUUCAGUUUUUAAACAAGGGAAAUAAUUCAUAAGAAGGUGAAAGUGAAAUGGAUACAGAGUUUCCAUGCACUAUUAUCCAAAGUAUUAAAGCUGGAUAUUUUGAUUUUGUGGUUUGGUCAUAUUAUGCUGUUUUAACUUUGAUGGUAUUGUGGGUUGAAAUACCAUAUGUACACAGAAUAUGACACACACAUUUAAAAAUCCCCUGCUUUUUGCAAAAAAUUAGAUGGAUUAUCCCCCUUAUCUCUCUCUCUUUUCAACAACAACACACACAUGUACAAUAACAUACUAAAAAAGACCAGGAUGGAACAGGGAACCAUAAUUCAUUGCAUUGACUCCUUAAGUCGGAUACUUUCCAUAAUUUAUUUUUAUGAAAUUGGAAGAUUAUUUAAUUAUUUUAGCUGGCAUGAAACCAAUCGUAAGUAGAGAAUGUUGUGACAAUUUUUGAUUUACAAAUGUAGGGUUUUUUUUAUAUAUAUAAAUGUUUCCAUUUUCAUGUUGUUUGAUUGAAUACUUAACAGAUACAUAGUUUGAACUUUCUGAUAUUUAUUAAUCAGAUGGAUAACUAAUUGUGAUGUGUGUGUGUGUGUGUCAUGCUCUGUAAAAAAGAAAAAUUUAAUGUUAUGUACAUGUAUUUGUAAAUCCUUUUGUUUUAUUAUUGAUUUGUUUAUUUGUUUUCAACUGUUAAUGCACCACUUCAGUAAAGUGACAAAAAAGAGAUCAAAUCAGAAAUACCUUUUUUAUCUUCUCCCAACAUAAUUGUAGGUGGGUAACUUGUCCAAUCAUGCAUACAUUUCUGUUUAUACAUUCGUUUGUCGGUUUGACCAUGUGCACUAGAUUUUGGCCACAUAUAUCGAACUUUAAAAGAAUGAUAUCUUAUAUAAAGACCUUGCUUCCUAUUGGUUUAAAGGGUACAUGAUGAAAAUCUGAGAUCACUAGAAGUGAAAUUCUUAUUUCUUCUGCACUAGCUUAAGUAUGUGUACACACAUUUGUCCCAAGUUUUUUCAGACUUGCAGGAAUGGUACCUUGGUUUCUAUUGGUUUUCAAAGUUACAGGUAAAAGGUCAAGUUCACUAUAAAGGCUGUUCGAAAAAUUGAAAUUCCAAAAUUUGUUGUGUUCCAAGAUUUAAGCUAUAUUUCGUUUCCAACUCUUGUCAAACUUUCAGUAAUGGGUACUUUUUAAUUUUUUGUCAAACUUUCAGGAAUAGGUAAUUUGCAUGAAGACCUGAGUAAUACCUAGUGGUUUUAUUAAAAAAAGUUAAGAUGGCUGUGAGCAAAAUUCAAGUUAAAUUUUUAACUCAAUAGUCAUGAUAGUUGUUACACUUUCAAGAAUGACCCUGGGUCUGUCUCAGUUUUUGAGAAAAGUAAAAUGCAGAAGGGAUGUAAUCUAAGUCAAAGAUCUUGGUUCCUUAUACUAGUACACACUAUUCAAGGUUAAAUGUAUAAGGUCAAAGUCACUAGAAAGAAAAUUCCAUAGAUUCCUUGGUUACCAAGUUCAAUACCACUUGCAUGGAUGCUAUCUUACCAUAUCCUAUACUGAGAGGGGAUGUCCUGCUUUGUGUAAAUUGGUUGAAAUGCCAAAACUGAAAAGCAACUGCAUGGACUAGCCUUAGCACAUUGUAUCCUAGUAACGUAUUUCAAUGUGUAUUGAUACUACGUGUAUAGUUAUCUUACUGAAAUGUGAUGAAUAAAAAUGAACAUUAAA